CUUUUAGCUGCACGAAAAUUUUUAAAUAUUGCCUGUGUGGCAGAUAGGACAAACAAUUCUCACCCUUGAUCUAAAUUACUCGACGAGGCGGCCGUUACUUCUACGAGAAAUAAAAAUGUUCAGUUGAAUAAUUUACGUAAUUACGCUAACUAACUUUUUAAUUUUUUACUUCGCGCCGCACAUUUCAAUAUACGAAUUAUAGCCGCUGAGUUUGCACAGCGUAUGCACUUGGAAGUAAUUAUCUGGACAGCACCAGUUCCGGGAUAUUAAUUUUCAAUGUGUCCGACGAAAUGCAUUGGCGUUCCAAUUACUUUUUUUUGUAAACAGCUGUUUUAUGCAUUGAAGCAGAACCUGACUUAAUGCCAAACUGCUCGACUACUUUGUUCACGCUGCACUUAGGCGGAGCGUUCUUGCAGGGGAAUGUAGACCAGACAAGAGCGGUAAUACUCGGAGCAACAGGGAUUAUUUUAAACAGCUGUUGCCUCGACUAAGUCUUCUUGUUGGAACGCUGGCGCUAAAUAAAUAAAGGCGUCUCUUUAAAGGCAUACAGUGGCCAUCAGAUUUAAUCCAAAAAUUCUGACAUGUAAUGCUGUCUUGGUACCCCUUUUCCUCAUAUGUAAUUUUUUCCCAAUUUUUCUUCCCCGGUGUAUAAUCGUGCCGUUUCAAAAUAAAAUUUAGUUGGAUGUCACCGCUUUUGCGUGUUUUGGUAGACAGGAAGGUUGGCAGACAAGAGCGUUUACGUUACCGCACACGUCGAGUGGGAAUGCGGCCACCGUUGGCAGUAAUCGCACCCGCGACCUGGUGCUCAACGACUUAGCGCGUCAGCCACCGAGUCACUGCAGCGAGUUCAUCGUUAAGUGUGUUCAACUCAGCAUGUGCGCAUACCCCGUAUGCCAUCCCAGUGUAGUGCCACCCCACCUGAGACACAGGCACGAGGAAGGCAGUGCCCUGCAUCCCCGGCUCUACGGCAAGUACCGGCUGUCGCUGUGCCUCAUCCCGCUCGGCUUCCUCGGCAUCAUCGGAGUAGCCUAUUUGAUGGCUAUACCAGAGUCGCGCACGCCAAGUGGAACGCAGAACUCGACACCGUUGGCGGCAUUCACGAGCGCUGCGCCAUCUGCUGUCAGCCCAGGCAGACCUUUCCCGCGUUACAGGUAUGUGGCUCGUCCAGGCAUGUUCGAUGCUCCACGUGUGUUCGUCACGACCACGCCACCGGACAACGGCAUCACCACGUCGGAAGUCGCCAAGGUGUCCUGGGCUGCACACGUUCCCAGGAAGCCCAUGUGGUGCUUCUUUGACUCCAAGGAUUUCACCUACACGGUGAGCAGCCUGCCGCUGGAACUGUGCUCCGCCAUCAUCUUUUGCUGCCUCGAUCUCUCGCCAAGAGGAGACAGCGUCGCUGUCUUGGCGGCUGACGAAGAGAGGUACCGCGACAUCGCCGAGCGCCGCAAGGCGUACCCGUGGGUGCGGCUGUUCGUGGGCGUCGGAGGCCCACGGGCCAUGGAGGAGGGUUUCCGCGUCCUCAGCUCGCCCAACGUGACCAACAUGACCGUGGUGCGCCUCUGCCGCAGCCUGCACAAGUUCGCCGAGCGCAUGGGAGGCGAAGGCGUUCUUUUCCACCCGCCAGCUAGCACCGAUGGGGCCUACCAUCAGUUCAUCGUGAACCUUCAAGAAUGUCUUGGUGCAUUUGACAUUGAGGUUAGCGUUGUGAUCCCUGAAGACGCCAUCGACGACAGGGCAUUCGUGAAGUACGAGGCUUACUACAGAUUGCUUAAGAACGUCGUCGUGUGGGCGCACAUUCCAAACAUGAGCCACGUGACCUGCGCCUUCGAUGGAAGCUUCUUUGAGCCGUGGUUCGAGUGGCUGAAGCGCAAGCCCCUGUCCGUUGCCACCAAGAGCCUUCUGUCGCUGAGCCUGGCGCCACUUCGCUACCCGAUGCCGCCCGCCCAGGCAGGCCGGAACUGCUUCCGCAAGGAGUCAGCGAUAAAUCCUCAGAGGGUUCCUUUCGCCCAGGUGUGCCUCAGGGUGGCGGACAUGACGGCGGAGGAACCACUGCCGAGGACUGCGUGUCACGUGUACCACGACCUACACGACUGCUACGUCACCUUCUCCUCCAAGGCACUGAGCGCCAUUGCCGAAGUGGUGAAUCGACACUUCCAGAACGGCCUGGCCGUGGUCGAUCUCAACUUUGACGACUACCUCGGCGUCUGCGGCGAGCGCCACCGGCUCUUCAACGCACUGUAUAACAUCGUCGAUGGGUCAUGAACUCCCGCGGCUAAAUGUGCAGACUCGACCUGGACGCGGCACAGCCGGGAAGUGUUCCUCACAAAGCUCACGAAGCGGGGUGUCCUUGAAGGCCAAAAUAAAAUUUCGUGUCUUGGUCCGGAGGCACGAUGCUAGCUUGGCUAAAGGAAGUGAAUAAUAAGUUAGAGCUACGCACGACGACCGUGUGAAUGUGCAAUGUAAUAUAAUGGAGUGUAUUGACUGGCUCCGCGGCUGUGAUAAAUAGUGUAGAAUACGCCAGCCACGCUUGAAAUAGCCGCGGUGGUCUUCGAUAUUCUGCUGAGUACGGGACCGUGGGCUCGAUUCUCGAUCGUGCUGGAUGCAUGGUGAUUGAAGCGGAGUUAAAAAAGAUAAGUCUGGUGCAUCGAAUAUUGGGUGGACGAUAAAAAGGUCCCAGGUGGUGAAAAUUAUUUUAAAUUCUAAACUACAACGCAUCUAUAGCCCCUGUGCUGGUCUUGAAUGUUUAACCCCAGCCUUUAUCAAAAUCAUGCAAAUCCGCAACGAGUUAUGUAUGAGGCGUGUAGUGCAACAGGAAUCCUCUUUCGCGCUUUCCUACAACACUCGCCGUCAUCUAGCGCCGCCGCCGCGAAGCUUGAGCGUGGCCUCCGAAAUGCAUGGCGCACUGCGGUGUGUGUGAACGCCGAGAAACGCGCCAUGUGGCAACCGGUCACCUCUUUUUCGCUUCUUUCUGGACGCGCUGCGCCAUGCAGCGGCGCUGCGCUAUGCAGCCGCGCUGCCACGAAGUCCGUGCGUGGCCUCCGAGACGAGAAGCGUGGCGCGCCGGUGCCUGCUGAGAAUCGUUCGCUCGCUUGCCGUGCACUCGGUGGCACAUACUCAAGUGACCUAAGUUGGCGAGAGCUUCACUGAAUAGCGGCACGUACCCGUUGCAUUCAUGGCGCAUCUCGCUAAAGCGUUGUCCUGAUGCAUGGAUCCAGUUCCUGGGGGCGAAAACAUUUUUAUGGUUACUUUAAUAAAACGUUUUGACAACAGCAAA